AUGCCUGCAUAUACUUCUGAGACCCGUUUCCCGAUACCCAACGAGACAGCUCCUAAACUUACUAUCACCCUAAAUGUCUAUAAUUGCCAACUGGUUGAAGCAGCAAAAACUGCUGUAGGUGAUGCUGAAGCUGCGUUUUCGACGAUGCACGAUCUUGAAGACUGGAAAGGGGCGCUUGAUAACAUCGAAUGGGUUAUAGGUUUGAUGCACCCAUACACCAAGAUAGCAUGGAGCGCUGUGACGUCAAUCACCCAGGCGCUUUCACAACAACUUCAACGUGACGAAAACAUCAAAAAACUCAUCGAAUCACUGCGUAGUUCAUUUGAUUUGGUCCAAUCCGAAGACCUUUUGAAGGCUAUUACACCAAACUCUAACCAAGCGCUUAUACUCAAAGUGAUGCUGCGACACAUCGGGUUAUGUAGUGAGUUCAUUCAACAUUACACAGAAGACAAACAGUUUGCGACGAGACUGGCGAGAAAUCUGUUUCGCGGAAUUUCCAAAGAAGUUCAAGACCUAUGCAACACCCUUGCUUCUCUACGUCAAGAUUUACUGGACAACGCUCUUAUUUCCACACAGAUCACCGUCGAUAAAAUUCAACGAAACAUGGAUAUAAUACCAAAACGUCUUGCAGACUUUGAUAUUGACUCAAAGCUGGCUGAACUACCCUACAAAUCAGGUUGGCGCUCGAUUUACAGUGUCGAAAGAAGUGGCUGCCAUCCAGGGACACGGGUUGAUCUUUUGGAAUACGUCACUCGAUGGGUCGACGACCCUUCGUCGAAACCAGGCCUGGCUCUUUUCGGCCAAGCAGGCACGGGAAAAUCAACCGUUGCUCACGAGCUUGCCCUACGCUUCCAGCUGUGCGAUCGUCUUGCAUCAUACUAUUCCUUCUCCCGCAGCGAUAAAUCCAAACACGAGGAUCAUAGUCUUUUGACGACUAUCAUUCACGACCUCUGCAAACGUUACCCAUCCUUUAAAGCAGCCGUAGGAGAGCGCAUCAAGGUUGAUAUAUCACUCCGAACCACGAAUAGCCUCGAUUUGCUAUUUGAUUCACUACUAAUGGAUGCAAUGUGGGAGGUAAAUGCUGAAUAUCCGAUCCUUAUUGUUAUCGACGGCUUGGACGAAAGUGCGAAUCCACUGGGUAAAACUGGACUCGCUGCCUUUCUCGCUCGAUUUCUUGGUUCACUUCCCUCAUAUUUUCGCAUUUUUAUGACUUCCAGGUUAGAUGGAAAUAUUAGACAAUUAUUAGCCAACGCGCAAACAGGGGCAUGCGAGGCCUUGGACAUCAACGACCACCGAUUGACCACGACUGAUGACGACAUACGACGCUACUUCCAAGAUCCAGAGAAUCUCACUCCUCGUCUGUACCAGCAAUACGGAGAUGUGCUCGUCGAGAAAUCAGAGGGCCUCUUUCAAUGGGCAUCGGUGGCCUGUAGACAUAUUAAAGAACCUCCGCCUGGGUGGACAGAAUCCGACUGCCUGCGCGGCCUGCUUAACCCAAUAACAAGGGAGAGCAAGGAAUACAAACACGAACUCAACCGCCCAUUAUACGCGCUGUACGAUAGCGUUCUUUCAGGGUACUUUAGCACUGAAAUUGCACGCCGCCGAUUUCGAUCUGUCAUAGGCCAUCUCCUGGUUGCGCCCGUGCCCUUCUCUGUCAAGUCUCUUACAAGUUUGCGACAAUUUUCUUCGUCUCCGGAUCAGGAUGAUCCAGACUCUGUGCUUGCAAUUGUCAAGCACCUUGGCUCUUUGUUGAGCAACGUGGCAUCAUCAGAAUACCAUGAUUUACCCAUUGUCCCCCUCCACACCUCUUUUCGCGACUUUCUCACACAUGGAAUCACGGCAAAUAACCCUUUUUUCAUCAACCUCAACUCCUCCCAUCGCGAGUUGAUAUAUGCCUGCUUAAACGUCAUGCUACGGGAACUCAGAUUCAAUAUAUUCGGCGUCUCCACAUCUUACUUUGCUAACACUGAAAUUAUGGAUCAUGCUCAAAUCGGAACACGCAUUUCGCCAGCUUUAUUUUAUGCGUGUCGUUAUUGGUACAAACAUUUGAAGCGUCUGCCGUUCGAUGAUUUCAUUUUUAAACAAGUCCAGUCCUUCCUUCAAGAAAAGUUUCUAUUUUGGCUGGAAGUGCUCAGCAUAGCAGAUAAAUUGCCUCUCGCCAUGCAAGCCUUUGUAAUGUUGAGACGAUGGAUAGCUUCAAAUUCGGGUGUCAAUACAGCUAGCAACCAGUUUAACGAACUCGCAACAGAUGCAUUCAAAUUCUUACGCUAUUUUGCAACGCCCAUUUCACGGAGCGUAGCCCAUAUCUAUCUAUCCGCCUUGCCAUUCACGCCGACUUCAUCCAAAAUAUAUCAAAUUUAUGCCUCCCAGUUCUCCAACACUGUUGCACUUGAGUUUGGUCGACAAACUGACUGGCCCGCACUGGAAUUGUCCAUUAACACACAAAGCACCGUUUACUCAGUAGCCUUCUCCCGAGACGGACAUUAUAUCGUAACCGGCGCCUCUAACAGCACAAUAUGCCGAUGGGAUACUACGACGGGCAGAAUGGUAGGUGAACCGCUCACCAGGCACACCGGUCCAGUGAACACAUUGAAAUUAUCUCCAGACGGACAGCUGAUGGCGUCUGGCUCAGGUGACGGAACAAUCUGCAUAUGGAACGCAUCAUCUUGGGAGCUGGAACGAGGGCCACUGCAAGGACACACUCAGGACGUCUAUUCCGUCGAGUUUUCUCCCGACGGACAGUGGUUAAUCUCUGGUUCAGAAGAUGCAACUAUUUUGAUAUGGAAUGUGACCACAGGAGCUAUACACCAAGGACCUUUUACUGGACACUCGAAGUGCAUCAACUCAGUUACAUUUUCCCCAGACGGGGCGACCAUCGCGUCCGCCUCGUCAGACCACGAAGUCCGUGUCUGGAGUGCCUCGAACGGAGAGUUGAAGCAGACCCCUUUUACUGGGCACACUCGUGAGGUGAUGUCGGUCAAAUUCUCUCCAGAUGGGCAGUACAUCGUUUCUGGCUCCAAAGACAGAACUGUCAUCGUAUGGAACGUGUCCACUGGAUUAAAAGAGCAAGGCCCCCUGAUUGGACACAUCUACGAUGUAACCUGUGUAGGAUUUUCAUCCGAUGGCACACGCAUUAUCACUUCAUCAUACGAUAAUACAGUUCGAAUUUGGAACAGGAAAACAGGAAGACUUGAGCAUAUCCUACACGGGCAUGUUAAUUGGAUCUACUGCCAUGCGUUAUCUCCAGAUGGUCAAAGAAUUGGCUCUGGGUCCGAAGAUAGAACAUUUUGCAUAUGGACAAUACCUGGUACAGAGCUUGGGUUUGGCAAUGAAGGACGGGCUUUGGCUUCUUCAGAGAACAACACCGUUACCAGACAUACAGACACAGUUCGCUGUGUCGCGUUUUCACCUGACGGGAAACACAUCGUCUCUGGUUCUGACGACCGCACGAUCUGCAUAUGGAAUGCUUCGACAGGAAGGCUCGAGUCAGGUCCGAUAAAACACCAUACUUCAACUGUGUUUUCGGCCGUGUUCUCUCCAGACGGUGAAUGGAUCGCAACUGGCUCUGGGGACAGAUCUAUUCUGUUAAUCAAUCCAUUCACAGGAGAACGAAAGGGAUAUCAGGAACCUGGAUCUGCCAAUGCCUCGUCAUCGGAAAACUUACCUUUCACUGGGCACACGGCAUACAUUCGAUCAGUCUCAUUCUCGCCUGACGGGCUUAGACUUGCCUCAGGAUCUCAUGAUCAAACAAUUAGAGUGUGGAAUGUGAACACGGGUGAAUUGGAGUUAGGCCCACUCAUAGGACACAACGACAAAGUAGUUUCUGUGCAAUUCUCACCGAACGGCGCGAUUAUUGCCUCUGGAUCGUGGGAUGCCACUGUGCGCUUGUGGGACUCGUUAACGGGAGAGUUAAUAAAAGAACCAUUGAAAGGGCACAAAGGCGGAGUCACCUCGAUCGCCUUUUCACCAGAUGGGACGCAAAUCGUUUCCGGGUCUAGUGACCGUACUCUUUGUGUUUGGAAUGUAUCGACAGGGAUAUUGGAACGAGGGCCACUUGCAGGACACACCAGCUUCAUCGCAUCAGUAACAUUCUCUCCAGAUGGUAGCCAAUUUGCCUCGGGUUCAGAUGACUUGACAAUACGCGUAUGGAAUGCGUUAACGGGAACCCUUGCAUACGUUUUACCCACCGGGCACACUGAUAUCAUCCAUUCUAUAGCCUUCUCGCCAGAUGGUACUCGAAUCGCUUCUGGUGGACAGGAUUCCACCAUUCGCAUCAUGCCUGCCUGCGCAAUCAGCCCAACUGGAACAGAAAGUCAUCUCAAUAAUUCAUCUGUCAUCGACCCUGAUGGAUGGAUUCGCGGAGAGCACAAUGAACUCGUGCUUUGGGUUCCAUCCUUGCACAGAGCAGGUUUCUAUCGCCCUUCGUUCCCUAGUCUAAUCAUCGGUGAGAACCAGUUUCGGUUUGAUACGUCGAAAUUCGUUCAUGGGGAGAACUGGACUGCAUGUUAUACUGGUCAUCAUAUUUAA